AUGCCUCGGGAUUUAGGUGACGACACAGCCAGGCUGGAAGGGGCUGAAGGGAGUGUGGAGCACCGGACUUGGGCUGAGGUCAUGGAGACACCCACCGGAACUUACCGUUUCUUCAGUGACGUGGUAAUCAUCUACAGAUCGUCGCUUAGGCUUCUGGCUAUACUAAUCUACCGUUGUCCCUCUGGUAACUCUCUGGGUUUCGUCAGUUUACGCGUAUGCAUUCCGAGCCUUCAAUCCUAUUCAGAGAACGCUCGGGGGGUGGGGGUUGCACGACGAGGCAGCCUGGCUUCCAGUGUGGUCGGUGUGGAGUUGGUUCUCGAGUCUCCGCAUGAGAACGGAUUGUUAGCGCGCAGCGUCCUCCCUGAUGUGGGGUGGGUCCUCGCAAGCCAAAGAGUUGAAAACUGUGUUGUAAUUUCCGACCGUACCAGUCGCGAGGCGGACAUUGUCAUCGUAUCGAUUGUAGAAGAAGAUGAUCCUCCUCUCGCUAUCAGACUGCAGGUCGGCACCGAAACGUGGUUCAGUCGGGUAAUUCUAAGCUUGUCGUCAGUGUCGUUCGCGAAGCCUUGGUCGUGUACGAGGAGCAGUGUCGAGUGCUGGUUGACCAAGGAGCUAUUGAGUCUUCGCAGUCGUAACGAAGAUCGGUUUUUGGGAGUCUUCGGGGACCCACCAGAAGCCGAUCGAGGAGAGGUGGGGAUAGCACAUAUCUUUGGCGUAUGA